GAGGGAUGAUGGAGCUAAGAUGGCAGCUCUGCUGAGGGUGCUGCCUCUUCGGGGUCAAGAAAUAUUCAAGGAACGAAUGAAACCGAAAUACGACAGUUUUGGUCACGAGAAGCGUAUCUUCUGCUGCUCUGUGCGAUUUUUUCUUGUGGUUUGACUACGUCGAAUUCCUGGAGCGAAGAGAAACACCGCCUUGUUGGAUCCGAUCGGAAGCCCUUAGCAGCACCAAGCAGAAAGGCUACAAUUAGCGUUUGUAAUAACCGAGAACCGUGGAUGCUAAUUGUGGCGUUUUUGCAGCUCAGAGCGGACAAAUGAUGUGACAUGUGGCGGAUUUUAACACAUGCGGACUGCAUCUAAUGGCUAGAUAUUAUCUGGCUGUGUUGUCUUCUGUGUGAUAUAUGCAUUGUUCUGUGAAACGAUGAUGUGUGCUGCUGCGGCAGCGGUCGCCGGUGGAGGGAUACUGCCGUCCUUAUCGCCGUCGAUGGGGCUGGGUGUCAGGGUCUUUUCUGGAGUAGGAGCCGAUAUCUCCACCAUUGGUUCGGGAAUGGGUUACUGUCCGACACCCGGAGCCCAGUCGGACUGUCGGACUCGGUACCAGCUUUUACUCUCAGGACGAGCCCUUGCGGAAAGAUACAGACGGAUUUAUACCACAGCUAUCAAUGAUAAGGAGCAAGGGAUAAAUCAAGGAAGGGGAAAGAAGGCCUUGAGUAAGAAGAAACUGAAAAGACGACAAAAGGUUAAAUCAAAAGUCAAAUCAAGAACAAAGGCUGAGAGUCUAGAUGGAGCUCUCUUUGUGCCCGAUAUCAAACUACACAGCAACCCAUCCGCGUUCAAUGUUUACUGCAACGUGCGGCACUGUGUGCUGGAUUGGCAGCAGAAAGAGGCCUCCCUCGCAUUGGCCUCCAGGACCUCGGUGCAAAGCGGCGACUCGGACAGCGAGGAGGAGGAGGAGUACCGCGAGCCAGCUGUGAAGCUUCCAAAGAUCAUCGGCAUUGGCCUGUGUGGGGUUUUCGAGCUGAUUAAAGAAACCCGGUUCUCUCACCCCUUACUGUGUCUGCGCAGCCUGCAGGCUUUAUUGGACAUGCUGCAGGGACAACAACCAGAGGGGUUCCAGACUGAACCUCCUGAUGUGCUAGAAUCUCUUUUCCAGCUGUUGUUGGAGACCACGGUCCGAAGCACAGGGCCUAAUGACCCAACGGGACAGGAAAUCACUGCUCUGUCCUGCGCCUGCCUCUUCAGUCUUGUUGUGGCCUGGGGAGACACGGGCAAAAUCUUGCAAGCUGUCUCAGCCAUUCUCACCAAUAAUGGCAGCCACGCUUGCCAGACGAUACAGGUCCCCACUAUACUGAAUGCACUACAGAGGAGUGUACAGGCUGUCCUAGUGGGCAAGAUUCAAAUCCAGGAUUGGUUUGGAAAUGGCAUCAAACGUGCUGCUUUGAUGAACAAAUGGGUCCUGAAAGAAGUGACCAUUGAUGAAGAUGAGCGCUGUCUUCUUCAGACCGACGGCUCCUUUCUGUAUUUGCUCUGCAAGGAUGGGCUCUACAAGGUUGGAUCUGGAUAUAGUGGCACUGUCAGGGGACACGUGUACAACUCAACAUCUCGAAUCAGGAAUCGAAAGGAGAAAAGGUCAUGGCUCGGGUUUGCUCAGGGGUACUUGUUGUAUCGGGACACGAGCAACCAUAGCAUGUCAGCCAUCAAGAUCAACCCUGAGACUCUGGAACAUGAGGGCGGGGUCACCAUGCCUGGUCAACAUUCAGAUGGACAGAACAUAAUCUUUACAGAUGGAGAUUACAUCAAUCAGAUCGCAGCCUGCAAAGAUGAUGGUUUUGUCGUUCGCAUCUACACUAUGAGUUCAGACCCGGCCCUGCAGCAGGAACUACAGUUGAAGCUGGCAAGGAAAUGUCUGCAUGCCUGUGGCAUUUCUCUCUUUGACCUUGAAAAGGAUCUGCACAUUAUCAGCACAGGCUUUGAUGAAGAGGCAGCAUUGAUUGGAGCAGGCAGGGAGUUUGCUCUGAUGAAAACUGCCUCAGGAAAGAUCUACUACACAGGAAAAUACCAAAGCCUCGGAAUAAAGCAGGGUGGCCCAUCUGCAGGAAAAUGGGUGGAACUGCCCAUAACAAAGUCUCCUAAGAUUGCUCAGUUCGCAGUUGGCCAUGAUGGUUCUCAUGCCCUCCUGGUAGCUGAGGAUGGAGGAGUUUUCUUCACAGGCUCUGCCAGCAAAGGAGAGGACGGAGAGUCUACUAAAAGUCGCAGACAACCCAAACCUUACAAGCCCAAGAAGAUAAUCAAAUUAGAGACGAAGACAGCGGUGUAUACAGCAUGCAACAAUGGCAGCAGCAGCAUUGUCACAAAGGAUGGAGAGCUCUACAUGUUCGGCAAAGACGCUAUUUAUAGUGACAGCACCUGCCAGGUAACAGACCUCAAAGGUCACUUUGUAACUCAGGUUGCCAUGGGUAAGGCUCAUACAUGUGUCCUGACCAAGAAUGGGGAGGUGUGGACAUUUGGGGUAAACAACAAGGGCCAGUGUGGCAGAGACACUGGAGCCAUGAGCCAGGCAGGGAAAGCGUUUGGGGUAGAAAACAUGGCCACAGCCAUGGACGAGGACUUGGAGGAUGAGCUAGAGGAGAAGGAGGAGAAGAGCAUGAUGUGCCAGCCAGGCAUGCACAAGUGGAAGCUGGACCAGUGUAUGGUUUGCACUGUGUGUGGAGACUGCACCGGCUACGGAGCCAGUUGUGUCAGUAGCGGACGACCAGACAGAGUACCAGGAGGUAUCUGUGGUUGUGGGUCUGGAGAGUCGGGCUGCUCAGCGUGUGGUUGUUGUAAAGCCUGUGCCAGGGAGCUCGACGGCCAGGAGGCGAGGCAGAGAGGUAUCUUUGAUGCUGUGAAGGAGAUGAUUCCACUGGAUCUGCUGCUAGCUGUGCCUGUCCCUCCCCCUCCAGGAGUGAACAUCGAGGAGCACAUUCAGAUCAGGCAGGAGGAGAAGCGACAGAGAAUCAACCGUCGCCAUCGGUUGGAGGAAGGCAGAGGCCCCCUUGUUUUUCCUGGUCCCAUUUUUAUGAACCAGCGUGAGCAGGCCCUAGCCAGAAUAAGACCCCUCCAAGCACUAAGGCAUAAACGGGACAAGCACAAAGAUGGUAGCAGCGAGCGUGGAGAGAAGGAUGCCAGCAAAAUUACCACCUAUCCUCCAGGGGCCGUGAGAUUUGACUGUGAGCUGCGGGCCGUUCAAGUCAGCUGCGGAUUUCACCACUCGGUGGUCUUAAUGGAGAAUGGAGACGUCUACACGUUUGGUUAUGGCCAACAUGGACAGCUCGGACAUGGAGAUGUCAACUCCAGGGGCUCACCGACUCUGGUGCAGGCUCUCCCUGGUCCAAGUGUCCAGGUGACGGCGGGCAGUAACCACACCGCAGUUCUCCUCGUGGAUGGGCAGGUCUUUACGUUCGGCAGCUUCUCGAAAGGACAGCUGGGAAGGCCCAUCUUGGACAUGCCCUACUGGAAUGCCAAGCCGUCGCCGAUGCCCAACAUCGGUGCCAAAUAUGGACGRAAGGCUACCUGGAUUGGUGCCAGUGGAGACCAGACAUUCCUGCGGAUCGAUGAGGCUCUAAUUAACUCCCAUGUCCUUGCCACUUCAGAGAUCUUUGCCAGCAAACACAUCAUCGGGCUUGUGCCCUCUUCUGUGUCUGAACCACCUCCAUUUAAAUGCUUGCUCAUCAACAAGAUGGACGGAAGCUGCAGAACCUUCAAUGACUCGGAGCAGGAGGACCUGCAGGGAUUUGGACUUUGUCUGGACCCCGUUUAUGAUGUMAUAUGGAGGUUUCUGCCUGCCUCUAGAGAGAUGUGGUGUUACAAUGCAGUGAUAGCUGAUGCUCGGGUGCCCUCUGCUACAGAUCUUCAGGCUCGCUGUAGCAUCCUCAGUCCAGAACUCGCAUUACCCUCCGGAUCACAAGCAACCACCACUCGUUCCCAYGGAGCCCUGCACAUCCUCGGUUGCCUGGACACGUUAGCGGCCAUGCAGGAGUUAAAAAUGGGUGUAACUAGUGCAGAAGAAGAAACGCAGGCAGUGAUGAAGGUCUACUCAAAGGAGGACUACAGCGUUGUUAACCGCUUUGAGAGUCACGGUGGAGGCUGGGGCUACUCUGCUCACUCUGUGGAGGCCAUCCGCUUCUGUGCRGAUGCAGACAUCUUGCUGGGGGGGUUGGGGCUGUUUGGAGGGCGAGGGGAGUACACUGCUAAGAUCAAGCUUUUUGAGCUGGGGCCCGAUGGAGGCGACCAUGAGACUGACGGUGAUCUGCUCGCUGAGACUGAUGUUCUGGCCUACGACUGUGCAGCCAGGGAGAAAUAUGCCAUGAUGUUUGAUGAGCCGGUGCUGCUGCAGCUCGGCUGGUGGUACGUGGCKUGGGCCCGAGUGUCGGGUCCCAGCAGUGACUGCGGUUCCCACGGACAGGCAACUAUCACAACUGAUGAUGGUGUGGUGUUUCAGUUCAAAAGCUCUAAGAAGUCAAACAAUGGUACGGAUGUUAAUGCGGGUCAGAUACCUCAGCUACUUUACAGACUUCCAUCAAAUGACGGCAAUGCAUCUAAAGGAAAACAGCAGAGCAGUGAACCAGUCCACAUCCUCAAACGCUCGUUCGCUCGUACAGUGUCAGUGGAGUGUUUUGAGUCUCUGCUGAGUAUCCUUCACUGGAGCUGGACCACUCUGGUUUUAGGUGUUGAGGAACUCAGAGGGCUGAAGGGUUUCCAGUACACCGCCACACUGCUGGACCUGGAGAGACUGCGCUUUGUUGGCACGUGCUGCCUCCGCCUGCUCCGGGUCUACAUCUGUGAAAUUUUCCCCAUUACUGCCAGCACCAAAGCUGUGGUGGAGGAGUCGAGCAAGCUGGCAGAGUGUGUGGGAAAGACACGCAGCCUACUGAAGAAGAUCCUGUCAGAAGGCAUGGACAACUGCCUGACUAAACUGGACAAUGACCCUCAGGGCUACUUGUCUCAGCCGCUCACCUUGCUGGAAGCUGUGCUGCAGGAGUGUCACAACACCUUCACCUCCUGCUUUCACUCCUUUUACCCRACUCCUGCUCUACAGUGGGCUUGCCUGUGCGAUCUGCUCAACUGCCUCGACCAGGACAUUGCCGAAGCCAAUUUCCGCACAUCCAGCAGCCGCCUGCUGGCAGCUGUAAUGUCAGCUCUGUGUAACACCUCGGUGAAGCUGACCUCCAUCCUGCCAAUUGCAUAUGAUGGAGAAGUGCUGCUGCGCUCACUGGUCAAACAGGUCAGCACAGAGAAUGAUUCUGCGCUAGCUCAUCGCUUCCCCCUGCUUGUGGCCCAUAUGGAGAAACUAAGCCAUACGGAGGAGAACCUGAUGGGCAUGACCAGUUUCCGGGAAGUACUGGAGAAGAUGCUGGUGAUCGUGGUGCUUCCAGUGAGGAAGAGUUUGAGGAAGGAAGUGGAGCUGUUCUCUCCUCACCUGGUCUCCAACACAUGUGGGCUGCUGGCCUCCAUCGUCUCUGAACUCACCGCUUCAGCCAUGGGCUCUGAGGUUGACGGGUUAAACUCACUCCACUCUGUGAAAGCAUCUCCCAACCGCUUCACCAAAACAAGCCAGGGGCGCAGCUGGAACACAGGCAACGGCUCCCCAGAUGCCAUCUGCCUGACCGUGGACAAGCCAGGCGUAGUUCUGGUCGGGGUCUGCGUCUAUGGGGGAGGCGGCAUCCAUGAGUAUGAACUAGAGGUGCUCGCCGAUGAUGCACAGACAGAACACCCAGGGGACUCGGCACAUUCUCACAGAUGGACGUCCCUGGAGUUGGUAAAAGGCACCUACAGCACUGAUGAUUCCCCCAGUGAUAUUGCAGAGAUUCGCCUGGAUAAAGCUGUUCCACUCAAGGAAGGAGUGAAAUAUGCAGUCCGGUUACGAAACUACGGCAGCAGGACAGCUAAUGGAGAUGGAGGUAUGACCACAGUGCAGUGCUCUGAUGGUGUCUCAUUCACUUUCAGCACUUGCAGCUUGAGUAGCAAUGGAACCAACCAGACCAGAGGUCAGAUCCCACAGAUUCUGUACUACAGGAGUGAGUAUGAUGGGGACCUGCAGUCUCAGCUGUUGAGUAAAGCCAAUGAGGAGGAUAAAAACUGCAGCAGAGCUCUGUCUGUGGUUAGUGCUGUGGUUCGAGCUGCAAAGGACCUCCUUCACAGAGCUUUUGCAGUUGAUGCAGAUGAUAUUCCAGAGUUGUUGAGUUCUUCCAGCCUCUUCUCCAUGCUGCUACCCCUUAUUCUGGCUUACAUCGGUCCUGUUGCAGCAUCUGUGCCUAAGGCUGCUGUUGAGGUCUUUGGACUUGUUCAAGAGUUGCUACCUGCUGUCUCCGCACUCAACCAAAAAUAUGCCCCGCCCACUUUCAACCCCAACCAGUCAACAGACAGCACCACUGGCAAUCAGCCUGAGCAGGGCCUGUCAGCUUGCACCACCUCAAACCASUACUCAGUGAUCGAGAGUGACCAUCCUUACAAACAAGCUGGUGUCACACAAUACAGGGUAUCAUUUCCAGACUGCGUUCGUUGGACCACCAUUGAGUUUGAUCCGCAGUGUGGCACAGCUCAGCCAGAAGAUGUCCUUCGUCUGCUCAUACCUAGCCGCACGCUCCACCUGUCCAACUUUGGAGGCAAACCUCUGAUCCAUGACACCAUCAAUACCUGGACUGAGCUCAAAAAGUUCUCAGGGUCUACGGGUUGGCCAACUACCGUUCUUGUGCUUCCAGGAAACGAAGUUUUAUUCUCACUGGAAACAGCCUCAGAUUACGUGAAAGAUGAGAAGGCUUGCUUCUACGGCUUUAAGUGUGUGGCUAUCGGAUAUGAGUUUAAUCCUGGUCCUGAUGAGGGUAUCAUCCAAUUAGAAAAAGAGCUGGCGUUCCUUGGCAGUGUGUGCGCUGCAGCUCUGAUGAAGAAAGAUUUGGCCCUUCCUAUAGGCAAUGAAUUGGAGGAAGAUCUAGAGAUCCUCGAGGAAGCCUCUCUUCAGGUGUGUAAAGCCCACUCUGGGAUCCUGGGGAAGGGUCUGGCUCUGUCUCACUCUCCCACCAUCCUCGAGGCCCUGGAGGGGAAUUUGCCGCUGCACCUUCAAACCAACGAGCAUUCUUUUCUGGAGGACUUCAUCACCUGUGUACCGAACUCAAGUGGAGGGCGUUUGGCCAGAUGGCUACAGCCUGACUCCUACGCAGAUCCUCAGAAGACGUCUCUGAUCCUGAACAAAGAUGACAUACGCUGCGGAUGGCCAACCACUGUGGUUGUUCAGACUAAAGACCAGUAUGGUGAUGUGGUGCACGUUCCUAACAUGAAGGUGGAGGUGAAGGCAGUACCUGUUUCUCAGAAAAAAUCAGUUCAGCCAGACAACAUGAAGAAGCUGCAGAGGCUGCCAGGAAGCUCUUCACCUUCUUCUUCCGGCCCUGACCUAACCUUCGGAGGUCUGCCGGUUCCAAAACUGGAGGCCACGUAUGAGCCUGUGAUCGUGAAAGAAGCACGAUACAUUGCCAUCACAAUGAUGAAGGCGUAUGAAAGCUAUUCUUUUGAAGAGCUGCGCUUCGCUUCCCCCACCCCGAAGAGACCCAGUGAAAAUAUGCUCAUCCGUGCCAACACUGAUGGAACGUACAGCGCUAACUGGACUCCAGGAGCAGUCGGCCUCUAUACAAUUCACGUCACCAUCGAUGGCAUCGAAAUAGAUGCUGGUUUGGAGGUAGAAGUCAAAGACCCUCCAAAAGGUAUGAUACCACCUGGAACUCAUAUGGUCAAACCAAAGACUGAACCUCAGCCUAGCAAGGUCCGCAAAUUUGUGUCCAAGGACAGCGCAGGCCUACGUGUGCGUAGUCACCCCUCCUUGCAGAGUGAACAGAUAGGCAUAGUGCAUGUCAAUGGCACCAUCACUUUCACUGAAGAGAUCCACAAUGAUGAUGGUGUAUGGCUCAGGCUCAAUGAUGAAACAGUAAAGAAGUAUGUUCCCAACAUGAACGGUUACACAGAAGCCUGGUGCCUCUCUUUUAAUCAGCACCUUGGCAGGAACCUACUGGUCCCCGCAGACUUUGCUCAGAAUGUCUUUAAUGCUAGCCAAGGAGUCAGGGAUAUCGCCUUUUUGUCAUGGACCCCAUUAACUAUAUUCCCACCACAGGAGGUCAGGGGCCAGGCAGAGGAGAAUGUAAAGGAGGUGAGCAGCUGCCCUUCCCACGAGGCUCCUGUUGGGGUGCAGAACAGGGCAGGGCAGGCCGGCGGCCCGGGCCUUUAUAAGGUAGUGAAGACCGGCCCCUCUGGUCACAACAUCAGAAGCUGCCCAAACCUUAGGGGUAUCCCCAUUGGAAUGUUAGUACUUGGCAACAAGGUCAAGGCCAUAGGCGAGGUGGUCAACUCAGAGGGAACUUGGGUUCAGCUGGAUAAGAACAGUGUUGUGGAGUUUUGUGAGAGCGAUGAAGGAGAAGCCUGGUCUUUAUCUCGAGACCGUGGUGGAAACCAGUACCUUCGCCACGAUGAUGAACAAGCAUUGUUAGACCUUGGKAAUCAGACUCCACCACCCAGCCCGUUUUCUGUUCAAGCCUUCGGCAGAGCCACAACCUCAAAUGGAGCACAGGGCUUUGACUACGGCAUCUCCAACAACAAAGGUGACCGGUUAAGUGCCAUACUGAAUUCCAUUCAGUCUGGGCCCUUCCUCUCAGCAGCUCCCUCUUCCUCUUCCUCCUCCUCCUCCAUGUUUGAGCAAGCUGCCCAACCUCCUCCCUCCUCUUCCUCCUCCUCCUCUCUUGUCCACAGCCCAUUUGUGUUUGGACAAUCCCCCUCCCAAGUGUCUCAGCCACAACCACAGCUUCUGAAUGGUUCAUCACGCAGCCUUGCUUCUCGUGAGCGUGUGCACAAAAGCAGUGUGUCGGUGGCUGGUCAUGGUAGUGCUCUGUCAUCUCUCGCUCUGAGGCAAAAGGGUGAACGAGGAAAUGUGAUGUCUGGUGCACGGUCAAUGUCUCAAGCCAACAAACAGCGUCAGGAGAAUCGCUCACCCAAACUGGAGAGUCGAGGAAGCCGCUCGUCUGAACAGAGCAGGGUGAAAACCGGAGAGGGCGGACUUUCAGCCAGCGAAGCCCUCAUCUUGCGGUCAGACACGGGCAAACUGAGGACUGACUCUCACAGUCGCUCCCACUCACCCAACCACAACACUCUGCAGGCCCUAAAGGCAGACGGCAGAACCUCGGGAAUUCGGGCUGAGUCCCCGAAUCCUGGCUCUCGCUCUUCCUCUCCCAAACAAAAAGGUGUAUCGUCAUCGGGCAGGUCCAGCCCCUCCAGCACCUCCCCCCAGCUCUCGUCCUUAAACCAUCAGGACAAGAACCUCCCUCCUAAAGUUAGCUCUUCCUCUAAAGCUCGACUUGAUCCUCCCAGAGAGCGAUCCAAAUCGGACUCAUACACUCUGGACCCAGACACACUCAGAAAAAAGAAGAUUCCUCUCACGGAGCCAAUCAGGGGCAGAUCUACCUCACCUAAAUCCAAACUGUCACCUAAAGACCCAAAUAAAGGGGUGACCAGUAAUGCAGAAAACCGUGUUCCUUCUCCCCAUGUGACCCAGGAGAACCUCCACAGUGAGGUGGUGGAGGUCUGCACAUCUAGUGCACUCCUCUCAAACGAGGAUAUCAAUGAUGAGAACGCGGAGGUCCAUAAUAAUGAAGAAGGCUCGUGUAAGGUGCACUUUAGUAUCGGCAAAGCCCCUGUCAAAGAAGAACAAGACAUCCGCUCAUCACCCAAAGUCAGCCGCAAAGCCUCAAGUCGACACACGCGACCUAAGAAAGACAAAUCAGGGCCUCUGUUUAAAGGAGAGAGCACGUCGAGGAUCGCAGAGCCCACCAAACAGGCCAUGUCGCCCUCUGUAGCUGAAUGCUCCCGUGCAGUUUUUGCUGCUUUUCUGUGGCAUGAGGGUAUAGUCCACGAUGCUAUGGCCUGUUCCUCCUUUCUCAAGUUCAACCCAGAUCUAACCAAAGAGCACGCCCCCAUUCGCAGCUCCCUGGGUGGGCAGGGGGCCGAGGAGAAAGAGAGCAAGCUAAAGAACCGCCACUCCCUGGAGAUUUCCUCUGCGCUUAACAUGUUUAACAUCGCUCCACAUGGCCCAGACAUCUCCAAAAUGGGCAGCAUCAACAAAAACAAAGUCUUAUCCAUGCUUAAAGAACCUCCACUGCCAGAGAAGUGUGAAGAUGGAAAAGGAGACGCCAUUUCUUAUGAGAUGUCUUCUCACUCUUCUUUGAGGCCAAAGUCAGUUUUACCAUUAACCUUACAGCACUUGGUAGCAUUCUGGGAGGAUAUUUCAUUGGCCACCAUCAAGGCAGCGACCCAGAACAUGAUUUUCCCCAGCCCAGGCUCCAGUGCCAUCUUGAAAAAGAAGGAACAUGAAAAGGACAGCAAAAAAGCAAAGAAGGAGAAGAAGAAAAGGGAGAAGGCAGAGGUGCGUCCGAGGGGGAAUCUGUUUGGAGAGAUGGCUCAGCUCGCCAUGGGAGGACCAGAGAAAGACACUAUCUGUGAGCUGUGUGGGGAGUCUCACCCUUACCCUGUCACUUACCACAUGAGACAGGCUCACCCAGGCUGUGGCCGCUACGCUGGAGGCCAGGGCUACAACAGUAUUGGUCACUUCUGUGGUGGAUGGGCAGGAAAUUGUGGAGAUGGAGGCAUAGGAGGCAGCACCUGGUACUUAGUGUGUGAUCGCUGUCGGGAGAAAUACCUCAGAGAGAAACAAACUGCAGCCAGAGAAAAGGUGAAACAGUCAAGAAAGAAACCUCUGCAGGUGAAGACCCCGAGAGCACUACCUACUAUGGAGGCCCACCAGGUGAUUCGGGCAAACGCCCUGUUCCUGCUGUCCCUCAGCAGUGCAGCUGAGCCCAGCAUGCUGUGCCACCAUCCUCCUCGGCCCCUUCAUUCCCAUCUGCUACCCAGCCUGAAGGAGGGUGUGUCGGAGGAACUCCCCAAUAAAAUAGGCUGCCUUUAUUUGCAGACACUAGCAAGGCAACACACUGAGAACUUUGGAGCCUACCAGGAUGACAACCUCUUCCAAGAUGAGAUGAGAUAUCUGCGCUCAACAUCUGUUCCUGCGCCUUACAUUUCUGUCACACCUGAUGCCUGCCCCAAUGUGUUUGAGGAACCAGAGAGCAACAUGAAAUCAAUGCCCCCUAGUCUUGAAACCAGUCCGAUCACAGACAGCGACACAGCAAAGCGCACCGUGUUUCAGAGGUCCUAUUCAGUUGUCGCAUCUGAGUACGACAAGCAACACUCUCCUUCUCCAGCCCGAGUCAAAGCUGUUCCUAGACGAAGGGUUCAUAGUGGUGAUGCAGAAGUGGGCUCUUCUUUGCUACGCCACCCGUCUCCAGAGCUGUCCCGCCUGAUCUCAGCUCAUGGCUCCCUCAGUAAGGGUGAGAGGAACUUCCAGUGGCCCGUCCUGGCUUUUGUUAUCCAGCACCAUGACCUCGAAGGUCUGGAGGUGGCCAUGAAGCAUGCGCUCAGAAAGUCUGCCUGCAGGGUGUUUGCCAUGGAGGCAUUCAACUGGCUCCUGUGCAAUGUGAUCCAAACCACAUCUCUGCAUGACAUCCUUUGGCAUUUUGUAGCAUCUCUCACUCCGUCACCCUGCGAGCCCGAGGAUGAGGAAGACGAAGAGAACAAGGGGAACAAAGAAAAUGUAGAACAGGAAAGAGACCUCGGUGUUUGUGAACAUCCCCUGUCAGACAUUGUGAUUGCCGGGGAAGCAGCUCAUCCUCUCCCCCACACUUUCCAUCGUCUCCUUCAGACGAUCUCUGACCUCAUGAUGUCACUUCCCAGUGGCAGUUCUUUGCAGCAGAUGGCUCUUAGGUGUUGGAGUCUGAAGUUUAAGCAGUCCGACCAUCAGUUCCUCCAUCAGAGCAAUGUUUUCCAUCACAUCAACAACAUUUUGUCCAAGUCUGAUGAUGGUGACAGCGAGGAGAGCUUUAACAUCAGUGUGCAAUCAGGCUACGAAGCAAUAAGCCAGGACCUCUGCCUGGUCACCUGUUUGAAGGACCUGACCAGUGUUGUGGAUAUCAAGACAUCCAGUCGUCCCGCCAUGAUCGGCAGCCUGACAGACGGCUCCACUGAAACGUUCUGGGAGUCUGGAGACGAGGACAAGAACAAAACCAAAAGUGUUACUAUUAGCUGUGUGAAAGGCAUAAAUGCCACCAAGGUGUCCGUUCAUGUGGACAACUCCAGGGACAUCGGGAACAAAGUCACAUCGGUCACAUUUCUUUGUGGCAAAGCAUUGGAGGACCUCUGCAGAAUCAAGCAGGUUGACCUCGACUCACGUCACAUGGGCUGGGUGACAAGUGAGCUUCCUGGUGGGGAUUAYCAUGUGAUCAAAGUGGAACUGAAGGGCCCCGAAAACACUCUGAGGGUGCGUCAGGUUAAGGUUCUCGGUUGGAAAGAGGGCGAGAGCAUCAAAAUCCUCGGACAGAUCUCAGCCAGCAUGGCCCAGCAGAAAAACUGUGAGGCUGAGACUCUCAGGGUUUUCCGCCUCAUCACCUCACAGGUCUUUGGAAAACUAAUCUGUGGGGAUGCAGAGCCAACACCAGAGCAGGAGGAGAAAAACCUACUUUCAUCACCAGAAGGAGAGGACAAGGUACCAUCUGAUGCAGACCUCAAAGAGCACAUGGUGGGAAUCAUUUUCAGCAGGAGCAAACUAACCAACCUGCAGAAACAGGUGUGCGCACACAUCGUUCAAGCCAUCCGCAUGGAGGCCACGCGGGUGAGGGAGGAGUGGGAACACGCCAUCUCCAGCAAAGAAAAUGCCAACUCGCAGCCGAGCGACGACGACGCCUCCUCAGACGCGUAUUGCUUUGAGCUGCUCUCCAUGGUUCUGGCUCUGAGUGGCUCGAAUGUGGGCCGGCAGUACCUGGCUCAGCAGCUUACACUCAUGCAGGACCUGUUUUCUCUUCUGCACACUGCUUCUCCCAGAGUGCAGAGACAGGUGACAUCAUUGCUUAGACGUGUCCUACCAGAGGUGACGCCAGUGCGACUUGCCAGCAUAAUCGGGGUGAAGGCUCUGCCGCCAGCGGACAUCAGCGACAUCAUCCACUCCACGGAGAAAGGUGAUUGGAACAAACUUGGCAUCCUUGACAUGUUCUUGGGCUGCAUUGCCAAAGCCCUCACUGUGCAACUGAAAGCCAAAGGCAGCACUAUCUCCGGCACGGGCGGCAUGGUUGCAGGAAAGGGCGUCACGACUGUCACUCUGCCCAUGAUCUUUAACUCCAGUUACAUUCGCAGAGGUGAGAGCCACUGGUGGAUGAAAGGCUCCACGCCUCCACAGAUAGCUGAGAUCAUCAUAAAGCUGAUCAAAGACAUGGCAGCUGGUCACCUUUCAGAUGCCUGGUCCAGAAUUACCAAAAAUGCAAUCGCUGAAACCAUCAUAGCCCUCACUAAAAUGGAGGAGGAGCAUCGGUCUCCUGUUCGCUGUAUCGCAACAACAAGGCUGUGGCUGGCCUUGGCGUCUCUGUGUGUGCUCGACCAGGAUCAUGUGGACAGGCUGUCCUCUGGUCGGUGGAUGGGCAAAGACGGGCAGCAGAAGCAGAUGCCUAUGUGUGACAAUCAUGAUGACGGUGAGACGGCAGCCAUCAUACUGUGUAACAUGUGUGGCAAUCUUUGCACCGACUGUGAUCGCUUCCUCCACCUGCACCGACGAACACGCUCCCACCAGAGACAGGUGUUCAAGGAGGAAGAGGAGGCCAUAAAGGUUGAUCUCCAUGAAGGCUGUGGAAGGACCAAGCUCUUCUGGCUCAUGGCUCUUGCAGACUCAAAGACAAUGAAGGCCAUGGUGGAGUUCAGAGAGCACACAGGUAAACCAGCAUCUAGCAGCUCAGACGCCUGCAGGUUCUGUGGUACAAGAAACGGUACUGAGCUGUCUGCUGUGGGUAGUGUCUGUUCAGACCCAGACUGUCAGGAGUAUGCCAAGCUGGCCUGCAGUAGGACUCACCCCUGUGGACACCCUUGUGGAGGAGUUAAGAACGAGGACUCCUGCCUGCCGUGUCUGCACGGCUGCGAUAAGAACGCAGGCUGUCUGAAACAGGAUGCAGACGACAUGUGCAUGAUCUGCUUUACAGAAGCUCUUUCUGCUGCUCCUGCAGUACAGCUGGACUGCACUCACGUGUUUCACCUUCAGUGCACUCGGCGUGUGCUUGAAAAUCGCUGGCUUGGACCCCGGAUUACUUUUGGCUUCAUGUUGUGUCCUAUUUGCAAGAACAAAAUCAAUCACUCUGUGAUCAAAGACCUCCUCGACCCCAUUAAGGAGCUGUAUGAGGAUGUGAGGAGGAAGGCUCUAAUGAGGUUGGAGUACGAAGGCCUUCACAAGAGUGAGGCCAUCACCACACCAGGAGCACGCUUCCACAGUGACCCUGCAGGCUUUGCAAUGAACAGAUAUGCAUACUACGUCUGCUACAAGUGCAAAAAGGCAUAUUUUGGGGGAGAGGCUCGGUGUGAUGCAGAGGCAGGACAGGGUGACGACUACGACCCCAGUGAGCUGAUCUGUGGAGCGUGCUCAGAUGUCUCCAGGGCUCAGAUGUGCUCCAAGCACGGCACAGACUUCCUUGAGUAUAAAUGUCGGUACUGCUGCUCCGUGGCUGUUUUCUUCUGCUUUGGCACCACACACUUCUGCAACGCCUGCCAUGAYGACUUCCAGAGGAUGACCAGUGUCCCCAAGGAGGAGCUGCCCCAUUGUCCUGCAGGGCCCAAAGGCAARCAGCUGGAGGGCACGGAGUGUCCUCUGCAUGUGGUCCACCCACCCACGGGUGAAGAGUUUGCUCUGGGCUGUGGGGUGUGCAGAAACGCUCACACCUUCUAACCUGCAAAAGACUUUUACUGGGAACCAGUCGGGUCUACUGUGAUUUCUCCCUGCUGCUGCAGAAAGCUCAGCAGCCAAGCUCGRCUCUUGCAUGAAGUCUCCUGUGUGCCGAAACCAGGUUUCUGCUCUCCAUCAAGAGUCCUCAGGUCUUCAACAACACGAGUAUCCAGGCUCUGCUGCUAGCGCAAGCUGGAGCUCCUUCAGAUUCAGAGUAACCUGAAUGGGGAAAAAGGAACAAUAAAAAAAAGAGGAAGAAAUAUAUUUAAAAAAAAWUUUGUGAAGUGUUUGCAUGCGGCCGUUGUAUUCCCUCGGCUUCUAUUGACGUUGCACACCUCCCAAUCACUGAACUGUAACAAAAUUAAACAUCAAAUAUGAUAUACAUUUGCAUAAAGGCAACUGUGGAUGAGAGUGGGUUUAAAAAAAAAGAAAAAAGGAACGGGCCAUAUUUCCAGCUUCCUAACUAUAAAUUUAAAAUGUUGUAUGUAAACUUUUCGUAAUCUUGUACAGUAUUCUUCUGUCAAGUGCAUCAUGGGUUGAUGGACGAGAAAAAAAAAAAGAUGAGCUGGUUGAAAAGACUGUUAAGUUUAUUACAUUCGGGGGAAAAUAGUGUAUGAUUUAUCUAAUCUUGUAUAUAAUGAUACUAUUCAAAGUACCUGUAUUUCGCUCUCUUCACUUCAGUUUUGUUUGAUAUUCUGGGUUGUUUUGACCCAGAUCUUUUAUUGAAGUGCAAUACUGGGUGUGCCUCCUCUUUUGCAGCUGUUUAAAUCUAUGGAAUGUAUGUCAAAUAAAGCCACUGUACAUUUUUAUACAGUAGACAGUCGUUUUCUUCCCCCCUCCUCUUCAAAAUGUUAUCUCUUCUGUUGUCAGGAAAUGAGGAACAGGGGUGCCCGGCACAUGCAGUGAAGCGAAAGAUAGUGGAUGUAUAUUGUUUGUAGCUUUGAUGAAUAAAAAAAGCACCAAAAUCCUACAGUAAUUAAAAAGAAAAAAAAAACUCAAUAAGAUUACAGCUGAACAAUACAAGGGGCCAGUCUUUACACCAAAAAAAGAAAAAUGUGCACCUGUUAUGCUUUUUUUCCCCCCUUGAACGAGUCAGAGAGAUUGGGAGCAGGGAAACUGUGUGUGUGUGUGUGUGUGUGUGUGUGUGUGUGUGUGUGUGUGUGUGUGUGUGGGAGGGGGGUAUUAAAAUCAGCUGCUGUUAAAUACAAAGCUUAUUACUUGUGAAUCUGCUCUGUAAUAUCUGUGGUGGAUGGAGUUGAAUGGUAAUAAACCAGAAUCUCUGUUACACAAAGUA